AUCCCUAUCUCGGGCUUGCCUGCUCCUGAUCAGCCUUGAAUCAAGCCAAGGCUUCACUUCAAAUCCCCAGUGACCUGGUCUCUAAGCUCCUCCCCUUCUUGUAGUGCUUGGGUCGCGGCCAGCUUUACCUGUUCGCCGGUGCUCGUUUCGGCUGUGGUUAAUCAUUUCGCCGGCUGUUUAUUUUCAGCCCACAGCUGCAGAUGGCCGAUCCUGCUGUUGAUCCGGCACCUGCCGCAGCUCCCGCGGCUGCAGAGCAAGCCACAGCUGAUGGUGAAGAGAAGAUCAGCAAGAGCGAGCUGAAGCGUCGGCUCAAGGCGGAGCAGAAGGCGAAGGAGAAGGAGGAGAAGGACCGACUCAAGGCGGAGAAGGCCGCGGCUCAAGGUGCAGCUGGGGACAAGGCGAAGACCAAGGUCGCAGAGGAGGACGAGGAAGAGGACCCCAAUAAGUACCAUGAGAACCGACUGGCCUACAUCACAGAGAUCCAGGCGGCAGGCGGCAACCCCUACCCGCACAAGUUCCACGUCUCCACGCGCCUGCCAGAGUACCUCGCCAAGUACUCAACCCUGGAAAGCGGACAGCAGCUGCCGGACGAGCAGGUCUCGCUGGCCGGCCGCGUCAUGCGACGGGCGGCGUCGGGCGGCCGGCUUGUCUUUUAUGACCUCCAUGCGGACGGCUGCAAAGUGCAAGUCAUGGCCGACGCCAGGAACUGGGAGGCAGGCGAGGAGGAGUUCACUCGCCUGCAUGGGACAGUCAAGCGGGGGGACAUCGUGGGCAUCUCAGGCUUCCCCGGGAAGAGCAAGCGCGGCGAGCUCAGCGUGUUCCCCCGCAGCAUGCUGGUGCUGGCGCCGUGUCUGCACAUGAUGCCCAAGGAGAAGAAGAAGGCGCCUGGUGCUGCUGGUGCUGCUGGCGCUGCUCCUGCUGCCACUGCACAGGCUGAUGGUCCCACCACAGCUGCCCUUUGGGCACCGGGUCUUCCCCGUAACCCCGAGCACUACAUUCUCAAGGACCAGGAGACGCGCUACCGGGCGCGGUACCUGGACCUGCUGGUGAACCCGGACAUCCGCCACGUGUUCCAGACGCGCGCCAAGGUGGUCUCGUACCUGCGCAGGUUCUUCGACGGAAGAGACUUCCUCGAGGUGGAGACCCCCAUGAUGCACAUGGUGGCAGGAGGCGCAGCUGCCCGCCCCUUCAAGACGGAGCACAACGACCUCAACAUGACGCUCUUCAUGCGCAUUGCGCCCGAACUAUUCCUCAAGGAGCUCGUGGUGGGCGGGCUGGACCGCGUGUACGAGAUCGGCAAGCAGUUCAGGAACGAGGGGAUUGACUUGACGCACAAUCCGGAGUUCACCACUAUCGAGUUUUAUGCAGCAUACCUGGACUACAACGAUCUCAUGGUUCUGACGGAGGAGCUCCUUUCAGGCAUGGUGAAGGACAUCACAGGCAGCUACAAGAUCCAGUACCACAGCAACGGGCUCGACAAGGACCCUGUGGAGAUCGACUUCACCCCGCCAUUCAAGCGCAUCCCCAUGAUCCAGGGCCUGAGGGACAUCGGGGGGCUCACAGACCUGCCAACGAACCUGGAGACAGAGGAGGCGAGGCAGUACCUGGAGGCCAUGUGCGAGAAGCACCACGUGCAGUGCCCCCCUCCUCUCACUACCGCUCGGUUGCUGGAUAAGCUGGUGGGCCAUUUCAUCGAGCCAAAGUGCGUCAGCCCGACGUUCAUCAUUGACCAUCCUCAGAUCAUGUCGCCCCUCGCCAAGUGGCAUCGCGCGGACGUCAACCUCUCCGAGCGCUUCGAGCUCUUCGUCAACUGCCAUGAGGUGUGCAACGCUUACACGGAACUGAAUGAUCCAAUCAGGCAGCGCCAGCUGUUCGCCAACCAGGGCAAGGAUCGGGCGGCUGGUGAUGAUGAGGCGAUGAAGAAGGACGAUGACUUCUGCACUGCUCUUGAGUACGGCUUGCCGCCUACAGGAGGGUGGGGCAUGGGUGUGGACCGGCUGACCAUGAUUCUGACGGACUCGAUCAACAUCAAGGAAGUCCUCUUGUUCCCUGCUAUGAAGCCCAAGGCUGAUCAAUUGCCAACCGGCGCCGCAGCUGCUCCUGCUGCUCCUUCAGCUCCCAAUGCUUGAUCAUUCAGCACUGUCCGCCCGUAGUAGCAGUACCUGAGAGCUGGGCUUGUCGAGUUGGCUUUACACAAAUUCUGUUAGGACGAUAUAAAUCUGUUGGCAUUUCUGAUUAUGCGGUGCCUGGUUUUAGCCAUGACGACGCCUAACGUUACCUUCAAACGCGUAUUUCUGUGGUUCGAAAUGUGAGUUAUGGUGCGAACAUGCCGA